AUGCAGGGCAUUCGAUGUGCCUGUCGACGAGCGGGUAGUGUAGCACAAUUGAUACUUGGUAAACAACGUAAUACAUUUGCUAAUCCAAGAUGGUCAAGACUUGCUUAUCAGCAGACUGCUAAUUUUCACAUUGUUGGCAAACGUAAUGCUGCAGCUCAAGCAGCACCACAAAAAUCUACAGAAACUAAACAAACUCAAACUGGUCAACAAGCAGCUAAAGGUGCUAAAGGUCGUGUUGUAUCUGUUAUUGGUGCUGUUGUUGAUGUACAAUUUGAUGAACAAUUACCACCUAUUCUUAAUGCACUUCAAGUUGACGGUCGUCAACCAAAAUUAAUUCUUGAAGUCGCUCAACAUUUAGGUGAUAAUACUGUUCGAACAAUUGCUAUGGAUGGUACAGAAGGUCUUGUACGCGGACAACCAGUUACAGAUAUUGGUACACCAAUUAAAAUUCCAGUUGGUUCAGCAACAUUAGGUCGCAUUAUAAAUGUUAUUGGUGAUCCAAUUGAUGAACGUGGCCCAGUUAAUGCUGAAGACUUUGCACCAAUUCAUGCUGAUGCACCACCAUUUACUGAUAUGAAUGUUGAACAACAAAUUCUUGAAACUGGUAUUAAAGUUGUCGAUUUAUUAGCACCAUAUGCUAAAGGUGGUAAAAUUGGUUUAUUUGGUGGUGCUGGUGUAGGUAAAACUGUCUUGGUCAUGGAAUUAAUUUAUAACGUUGCCACAUCCCAUGGUGGUUAUUCGGUAUUUGCUGGUGUUGGUGAACGUACACGUGAAGGAAAUGAUUUAUAUCAUGAAAUGAUAACAACUAAAGUUAUUGAUCUUAAAGGUAAAGGUUCGAAAGUAUCACUUGUCUAUGGACAAAUGAAUGAACCACCGGGUGCACGUGCUCGUGUUGCUUUAACUGGUUUAACUGUUGCUGAAAAUUUCCGAGAUAAAGAAGGAAAAGAUGUACUUCUUUUUAUUGAUAAUAUCUUUCGUUUUACACAAGCUGGUUCAGAAGUAUCAGCUUUAUUAGGUCGUAUUCCAUCUGCUGUCGGUUAUCAACCAACUUUGGCAACUGAUAUGGGUACUAUGCAAGAACGUAUUACUACAACCAAAAAAGGUUCAAUUACAUCAGUACAGGCUAUUUAUGUACCAGCCGAUGAUUUAACAGAUCCAGCUCCAGCUACAACAUUCGCUCACUUGGAUGCAACAACUGUCUUAUCUCGUGGUAUUGCUGAAUUAGGUAUUUAUCCAGCUGUCGAUCCAUUAGAUUCAACAUCACGUAUUCUUGAUCCAAAUAUUGUCGGUGAAGAACAUUAUUCAGUUGCACGUAGUAUUCAAAAAACACUUCAAGAUUAUAAAUCAUUACAAGAUAUUAUUGCCAUUUUGGGUAUGGAUGAAUUAUCUGAUGAUGAUAAAUUAACUGUCGCUCGUGCUCGUAAAAUUCAACGUUUUCUUUCACAACCCUUCCAAGUCGCUGAAGUAUUUACUGGUACACCAGGUAAAUUAGUACCACUUAAAGAAACAAUCAAAGGAUUUAAGAUGGUAUUGAAUGGUGAAUUAGAUCAUUUACCCGAAGGAGCUUUCUAUAUGGUCGGUGGUAUUGAGGAUGUUUCUGCUCGUGCUGAAAAACUUGCUGCAGAACGUUAG